ACCCUCAAAAUAAGGAACCCCAAACACCCUCUCAGCCCCAAUCGGCACCCACCAAACAGCCGACGACCGACUCGCCGUACCGCACCCUUCGAGAUUUUCCGGCUGAUCCCCGGCACCUCCGAUACACACUACAUGUCUGCAUCUUGGUGUUCACCUCCUCACAGCUACCAGUUACGGUGCGUAUUCACCUCCUCCGAUCUGCUCUCUAGCAUAGCGUUAAGCAUAAAUUGAUCGAUGGCAUCUACUUCAGCUUCAUCCAUUCAAAAGAGCUUCAAGUAUGAUGUCUUUUUGAGCUUCCGGGGUGAAGACACACGUAAGACCUUUGUUGAUCAUCUCUAUCAUGCUCUUGUCAAUAAAGGCAUUAGAACUUACAAAGAUGAUGAAAGAAUCGAGAAAGGGGAGAGGAUCAGUGAUGAGCUCAUCAGAUGCAUUGAAGAUUCUAGAUUUCACAUAAUUGUUUUCUCCAAGAACUAUGCAUCUUCAUCAUGGUGCUUAGACGAGCUCGUACAUAUCAUCGAGAACCAGGAGAAGAUGGUCCAGCAGAGUGCUUAUCCGAUCUUCUAUGAUGUGGAACCCACCGAAGUUCGCAACCAAACUGGGGCGGUUGGAAAAGCCUUUGCUAAACAUGAAAAGGGCCGUUGGGGCUUCUGGUACCGGAUCUUGUUAUUCCUUGAUCGGUUCACAAGGCUCUUAGAGCUGGAAAAGGAAGGGGAUGUUGAAAGAUGGAGAAAUGCUCUGAAAGAAGCAGCCGGCCUGGCUGGGAUGGAGUUGAAGAACACUGUUGAUGGGCAUGAAGCUAUGUUCAUCCGAAAACUUGUUGAAGAGAUCUCACUAAAGCUACGUUUCAUCCAUUUUAGCUUUGAUGAGAACUUGGUAGGCAUGGAGGCCCGGGUAAAGAGUGUAGUUUCAUCUUUAGAACUUGAUUCUGAUGAUGUGCGAAUGAUAGGGAUCAAGGGAAUAGGAGGUGGUGGAAAGACGACUUUGGCUAGAGCUGUUUUUAGUCAUAUGUCCAUUUGGUUCGAAGGUAAAAGCUUUGUUGAGAAUGUCAGAGAAGUUUCAAAAGGCUCUUUGUCUGGUUUAAUGGAAUUGCAAAAACAGAUCCUUAAAGAUGUGUUAGGUGAUAAAAGCAUUGAUGUAACAAGUGUUUAUGAAGGGAAAAUUAUGAUGAAAAAAAUGAUGGGUAGUAGAAAGGUACUUAUUGUUCUUGAUGAUGUGGAUGACAUCAAUCAGCUUGAGGCGUUAGCAGGUGACCAUAAUUGGUUUAAGUCGGGAAGUAGAAUCAUCAUCACAACAAGAGAUGAGCAAGUGUUGAAGGCACACCAAGUGAACUUUAUUCAUGAUGUCAAUCUGUUAUCAGAUGAAGAAGCAAUUUGCCUUUUUAGUAGGUGUGCAUUUGGGAGAGAGAUUCCAAAUCAAGGGUAUGAAGAGCUAUCGGGAAAAGUUGUACAAUAUGCUUCCGGUCUUCCCUUAACAAUCAAAGUUUUGGGUUCAUUUCUUCGUGGUAGAAGUGAGCAUGAAUGGGUAGAUACCUUAGAAAGACUAAAAACAAUUCCGUUGUUGGAAAUAGUGAAAAGCCUGGAACUAAGCUAUGAUGGUCUAGAGGCUGAUUACAAGGAAAUCUUUUUGGAUAUUGCUUGCAUUCUGGAAGGUGAAACGAAGGAGAAAGCAAUCAGAAUACUUGAAAGCUGUGGGUUUCGUGCUCGGAUUGCUCUUAGGGUUCUUCAAAUGAAAUCAUUGAUGACUAUUUCUGAUGUUGGUCGUUUGGUCCUGCAACACCAUAUAAAAGAAAUGGGCAUGAAUAUUGUUCGUCGUUUGCAUCCUAAUGAGCCUAGAAGACAUAGCCGAUUAUGGAUUAAAGAAGAAAUUGAAGAUAUAUUGGUUAAUGAGUUGGGCACAGACGGAACAAAAUGUUUGAAACUGCAGGAUUCAGUUCUCCAUCCGGAUAUAAUUAUGAAAGGUCUUCGAACGAUGCGUAAACUUAGGCUCCUUUACGUGGUUAACAGAUAUCAAAUAUAUGAAAUUGACGAAGUUUACCAAUACUUACCAGAUGCUUUACAAUCUCUACAUUGGCAUGAAUACCCAUUUUGGUGUUUACCAAAAACAUUUCAAGCAAAUAAACUUGUUAACCUUGAAAUGCCUCGUAGCAAUAUCACUCAACUUUGGGAAACGGGAGUAGCAAAGGUUCUAGAGAAGCUCAGAUUCUUGGACCUCACUUUUUCAAAGUUGAGAACCUUUGAUCUUACGUGUGCUCCACGUCUUGAGAGGUUAGAUCUCAGAGGAUGUGCUGACUUUGUGGAACUGCACGUGCCUGUUGAAUGUGUAAGGCUCGAAUACCUUGACCUCGGUGGUUCUAAGGUGAGUAACCUUAGCCUUAGGCUGACUCCACAUCUCAAGAUAUUAGAUCUUAGAGGAUGUAAUGAAUUUGUAGAACUCCACAUGUCUAUUGAAUGUCCACAGCUCAAACACCUGGACCUUAGUGGUUCUAAGGUGAGUAACUUUAACCUUGGGAUGACUCCACGUCUUGAGAGGUUAGAUCUUAAAGGUUGUGAUCACUUCAUAGAGCUACACAUUCCUAUCAUAUCUUCAAACCUCAAAUACCUUGACCUCGGUGGUUCUAAGGUGAGUAAACUUAACCUUGGGAUGACUCCAGAUCUUGAGAUGUUAGAUCUUAAAGGUUGUGAUCACUUCGUAGAACUGCAAAUACCUGAUGUAUGUCUAACCCUCAAAUACCUUGACCUCAGUGGUUCUAAGGUGAGUAACCUUAACCUUGAGAUUACUCCAAAUCUUGAGAGGUUAGAUCUUAGAGGAUGUAAUGAAUUUGUAGAACUUCACAUUCCUACGGAAUGUCCAAAACUCAAAUACCUCGACCUCGGUGGUUCUAUGGUGAGUAACUUUAAUGUUGGGCUAACCCCACAUCUCGAAAGGCUAGAUGUUAGUGGGUGUAAUGACUUUGUAGAACUCCACUUUCCUGUUCAAUGUCCAAAGCUCAAAUACCUCGACCUUUGUGGUUCCAAGAUGAGGAACCUUAACCUUAGGCAUACUCCACAUCUUGAGUGGUUAGAUCUUAAAGGUUGCAAUAACUUUGUAGAACUCCAUGCACCUGUUGAAUGUCCACAACUCAAAUACCUCGACCUUGGUGGUUCUAAGAUGAGGAACCUUAGCCUUGGGCUUAUUACACAUCUCGAGAGGUUAGAUCUUAAAGGCUGUGAUCACUUCGUAGAACUCCACAUGCCUAUUGAAUGUCGACAACUCAAAUACCUCGAGCUCAGUGGUUCUAAAGUGAGUACUCUUAACCUUGGGCGAAUUCCGCAUCUAGAGAGGUUAGAUCUUAAAGGAUGUACUGACUUUGUAGACCUACAUAUGCCAGUUGAAUGUCUACAACUUGUAUACCUCGACCUCAGUGGUUCUAAGGUAAGUAAUCUUAACCUUAGGCGGAUUCCCCGUCUUGAGAGGUUAGAUCUUAGGGGAUGUGGGGACUUUGUAGAGCUCCACAUGCCUGUUGAAUGUUCACAGCUCAAAUACCUCGACCUUGGUGGUUCUAAGGUGAGUCACCUUAACCUUGGGCCUGCUCUACAUCUUGAGAUCUUAGAUCUUAGAAGAUGUAGUGACUUCGUAGAACUUCACAUGCCAAUUGAAUGUCCAAAACUCAAAUACCUCGACCUCGGUGGUUCUAAGAUGACUAACCUUAACCUUGGGUUGACUCCAUAUCUCGAGAGGUUAGAUCUUGGAGCUUGUACUGACUUUAUAGAACUCCACAUGCCUGUUGAAUGUCCACAACUCAAAUACCUUGACCUCAAUGGUUCUAAGGUGAGUAACCUUAACCUUGGGUUGACUCCAAAUCUUGAGAGGUUAGAUCUUAGAGGAUGUAAUGACUUUGUAGAACUUCACAUGCCUGUCGAAUGUUCAAAGCUCAAAUACCUCGACAUCAAUGGUUGUAUGUUGAGAAACCUUGACCUUGGAUUGACUCCUCAUCUCGAGAGGUUAGAUCUAAAAGGGUGUAAUGACUUAGUAAACUUUUGCAUGUCUGAUGAAUGUCCAAAGCUCAAAUACCUCAACCUCAGUGGGUCUAAGGUGAGUAACCUUAGCCUUGGGUUGACUCCACAGCUUGAGAGGUUAGAUCUUAAAGGAUGUAAUGACUUUGUAGAACUUCACAUACAUGUUGAAUGUUCACAGCUCAAAUACAUCAACCUUGGUGUUUCUAAGGUGAGUAACCUUAGCCUUGCUCUAACUCCACACCUUGUGAGGUUAGAUAUGAGAGGAUGUAAUGACUUUAUAGAACUUCACAUGCCCGUUGAAUGUCCACAACUCAAAUACCUCGACCUCAGUGGUUCUAAGGUGAGUAACCUUAACCUUGGGUUGACUCCACAUCUUGAGAGGUUAGAUCUUAGAGGGUGUAGUGACUUUGUAAACCUACACAUGCCUAUUAAAUGUCCAAAUCUCAAACACCUUGACCUCAGUGGUUCUAAGGUGACUAACCUUAACCUUGGGCUGGCUCCACAUCUCGAGAGGUUAGAUCUUAGAGGGUGUGAUGAAUUUAUAGAACUACAUGUGCCUGUUGAAUGUCUAAAGCUUAAAUACUUGGACCUCAAUGGUUCUAUGCUGAUAAAUCUUGACAUUAGGUUGACUCCACAUCUCGAGAGGUUAAGUCUUAGAGGGUGUAAUGACUUUGUAAAACUGCACAUGCCUAUUAAAUGCCCAAAGCUCAAAUACCUUGAUCUCAGUGGUUCUAAAGUGAAUAACCUUAACCUUGGGCCGACUCUACAUCUAGAGUGGUUAGAUCUUAGAGGGUGUAAUGACUUCGCAAAGUUGCACAUGCCUGUUGAAUGUCCAAAGCUCAAAUACCUCGACCUUGGUAGUUCUAAGGUGAGUAACCUUAACCUUGGGCUGACUCCACAUCUCGAAAGGUUAAAUCUUAGAGGGUGCAAUGACUUUGUAGAACUGAACAUGCCUAUUGAAUGCCCAAAGCUCAAAUACCUCGAUCUUAGUGGUUCUAUGUUGAGUAACAUUAACCUUAAGAUGGCUCCAUAUCUCGAGGAGUUACGACUUGUAAAGUGCAACCACUUUGUAGAACUCCACAUGCCCGUUAAAAGUCCAAAGCUCAAAUACCUCAACCUCAGUGGUUCUAAGUUGAGUAAGCUUAACCUUGGGCUGACUCCAGAUCUCGAGGCAUUAGAUCUUAGCAGAUGUGAAGACUUUGUAGAACUUUGUAUGCCUGUUCAAUGCACCAAGCUUAAAUUCCUUAAACUCAGUGGUUCUAACUUAAGUGAGUCUAACCUUUGGCUGACUCAACAUCUCAAGAGGUUAGAAAGUUUGGAGGAGCUAACUUUAUCAAUCCAAGAUAUUAAGCAUCUUCCAGAUAGCAUUUGUAUGUUGAAACAUCUGAAAUCUUUUGAACUUAAAUCUUGUUUCCUUCUCGAGAAGUUACCCGAGGAUAUUGACAGAUUACAGUGUUUAGAGAAGCUGCACCUAUCCGAUAUGCAAUCUUUACGAGAUAUUCCGGAUAACCUCUGCAACAUGAAAUGUUUGAAAUAUUUACAUCUUCCCUACUGUAUUCUACUUAAGGGAUUGCCUGAGGAACUUGGACGUCUAAAAAGUUUGAAAGAGUUAAAUAUAGUAGGUACAGGCGUGAAUUAUCUUCCGUCGAGCAUUUUCCAGUUGAAAGAUCUGUGCAUUGUAUGGUCUAAGGAUCGGCUUGAGUGGCAUGGUUUUACAUCCUUGAAAAAACUCUCAAAAUACACGGCCUCUUCCUACAUAUAUAGCUGCGAAUAAGAUACGCACUCACAACAUGUGUCUCCUCUGGUACUGAAGUUGUGAUUUCGGGUAGUUGAUUAAAAAGACGUAUUCUGACAGGCGUUAAACUGUACAUAGUCGAGCAUAAAUCAACAAGUUCUAGCGCGCGAAGGAUGUUCUUUCAAGAAACUGAUGUUGAAGCACAAGUAUUAUUCUGUGUUAAAGCAAUCGAUCGAGCUCAGGUGACUUCAUUGAGUUUUGUAUUUUCAGGUUAUUGUGAUCGUAUUGUGAUCGAGGAGUGUUUGAGGGACUGGAAGUGGAAUUGGAGUCUUCUCUGGAGAAAACUAACUGAUUGGUUUUAGUUCAUAUCAUUUGUCAUUCAGCCGCUCACAUCAACCACAUACAUACUCAGUCGCUUAUAUGGUCACUUUGUAUAAAGGUUUUCAUCAAAGUGAUAUUUCCAGUUUGUUCUUGAGCGUCGAUUGUGUUUCAUUUGUAUUUGAUCAUUGAUCGCUUUGAUGGUCUGCAUUUCGUUACAAGUCUGUAUCUUGUCUUGCGCAAUUUGUAUUUUUCAUCUUCUUAAUUGUUUGGGUGUAAAGGCUUUGGUUUGGGAAAAUACAGUUCUGAUUUAUCAUUUAUGACAUGUUAUGAAUUUAGUUUUAGUUUAGAUAUAUUGUAGUUAUUUGAUUUUACAGUUUUUAUAUGUUAUUUGGUGUCGUAUUUCA